AUGGAGGAUGUUUUUCCUAAAGACCAGCCCAGAGGGCGCAUCCGGGAACCAGAGCUACAAAGCGACUUGAGAUUGAACCUGAACAAGUUUCAUCGGUCGUCAGUAAGUCCUACAACCAUCAGGUUCAACCAGCAACUCCAGGAGCUGGAGGAACGGUGUGAAAAAUGGCAUGAUAUUGGCGCAACUGAGUAUCGUCGACGGAGAAAAGAAGGGCGCACACCGUUGCCUGGGGCAACUCUGCUUCCAUCAGCGAGGUCAGAUACUAUCCCAUCCCGAGAAGAUGGUCGGACGAUUCCAAUUCGCGUCUUGAUGCCGCAGAGGGAGGACACCGAGGUUCAUGGAAUCUUCCUGCAUUUUCAUGGUGGAGGCUGGGUACUCAACGACGAGGAAUCUUCAGAUGUGUACCUCCAAACCAUCUCCGACGCAUGCGGGCUCAUCAGCAUCUCACUGGGCUACCGACUUGCCCCAGAGUACCCUUUUCCCGCCGCGCCGAAGGACUGUCUCGACGGAGCUCAGUGGCUUGUGGAUAACGGCCCGCGCAUUUUUGGACAACCCCUUGUCGUCAUCGGUGGCGAGAGCGCCGGAGCUAACCUGGCUCUUCAAACAGCCCUAGGCCUUUUGCGGGCUUCUCCUUCACUACGGCGCCUUCUCUCUGCAUUGGAGGCUAUGACCAGAUUCCGGUCCGCCUAUCUGCCUUGCGAGGAGCCGGCGGCCCACACCUCCCCGGACGUGUCGCCGUUCUACGCCGAACUUAGUGGACUACAUCUACCCCCACUUCUUAUUACGUGCGGGACGGAGGACUGUCUUCUGGAAGACAACGUCUUCAUGGCGACGCGAUGGAUGAUGGCCGGUGGUCAGGCGGUUUUGAGGAUCUUCCCUGGGAGCCCUCAUGGGUUCAUCCUUUUCCCGUCAGAUGAUGUGGUCAGAUUUGUGAGCUCCAAGGUUUCGCCAAUAUACUCACAGCUCCUUUAG